AUGAGGCGAGGGCCGCUAGCUCUCCCCGAGGCAGGCAGCUCCGCUGGGCUCAGGUCUGAGGGGGCGCCUGGCCCCUCCCGCGGCGGCGGCGGCUCUAGCGCGGGGCUCGGCGGCUACAGCUCCUCCCCCCGUGGCGGUGUUAUGGCCCCUUGUUGGAGCACAAAAGGGUCCCCAGGCUGGCGGCCGGCGCAGCUCCUGUUCCUCGUCUUCUGUUGCGGUAAUGGUGCUCUUGCAGAACAUUCUGAAAAUGUGCAUAUUUCAGGAGUGUCAACUGCUUGUGGAGAUAGUCCGGAACAAAUUAGAGCACCAAGUGGGGUAAUCACGAGUCCAGGCUGGCCUUUUGAAUAUCCUGCCAAAAUCAACUGUAGCUGGUAUAUCCAUGCAAACCCAGGGGAAAUCAUCACUAUAAGUUUUCAAGAUUUUGAUGUUCAGGGAUCACGGCGAUGCAGUUCGGAUUGGUUAACAAUAGGAACCUACAAGAAUGUGGAAGGUUAUCGAGCAUGUGGCUCCUCCAUUCCAUCACCAUACAUCUCUUCACAAGACCAUGUUUGGAUCAGAUUUCAUUCGGAUGACACUAUCUCCAGGAAAGGCUUCAGAUUGGCCUACUUUGCUGGAAAAUCUGAUGAACCAAGAUGUGAUUGUAACCAGUUUCAUUGUGCUAAUGGAAAAUGCAUUCCAGAAACUUGGAAAUGUAAUAACAUGGAUGAAUGUGGAGACAACUCUGAUGAAGAAAUCUGUGCCAUAGCUAAUCCUCCAACAGCUUCUUCCUUUCAACCUUGUGCUUACAACCAGUUUCAAUGUCUUUCUCGCUUCACCAAAGUUUACACCUGCCUUCCAGAAUCUUUAAAAUGUGAUGGAAACAUUGAUUGUCUUGAUUUAGGAGAUGAAGUAGACUGUGAUGUGCCAACAUGCGGGCAAUGGUUAAAAUAUUUUUAUGGUACUUUCAAUUCUCCCAAUUACCCAGACUUUUAUCCUCCUGGAAGCAACUGCACCUGGCUAAUAGACACUGGUGAUCAUCGCAAAGUAAUUUUGCGCUUCACUGACUUUAAACUUGAUGGUGCUGGUUAUGGAGACUAUGUCAAAAUAUAUGAUGGAUUAGAGGAAAAUCCACGCAAGCUUUUGCGUGUGUUAACUGCAUUUGACUCUCAUGCACCCCUUACAGUUGUUUCUUCUUCUGGGCAGAUAAGAGUGCAUUUUUGUGCUGACAAAGUAAAUGCCGCAAGAGGAUUUAAUGCUACAUAUCAAGUAGAUGGCUUCUGUUUGCCAUGGGAAAUUCCAUGUGGUGGGAACUGGGGUUGCUACACAGAGCAACAGCGCUGUGACGGCUAUUGGCAUUGCCCAAAUGGAAGGGAUGAAACCAAUUGCAGCAUGUGCCAAAAAGAAGAGUUUCCCUGCUCCCGAAAUGGUGUUUGCUAUCCUCGUUCAGAUCGCUGCAACUAUCAGAAUCAUUGCCCUAAUGGUUCAGAUGAGAAGAAUUGCUUCUUUUGCCAACCUGGAAAUUUUCACUGUAAAAAUAAUCGCUGUGUAUUUGAGAGCUGGGUAUGUGAUUCUCAAGAUGACUGUGGUGAUGGUAGUGAUGAAGAGAAUUGCCCGGUCAUUGUACCCACUAGAGUAAUAACAGCAGCUGUCAUUGGGAGCCUUAUCUGUGGAUUGCUGCUUGUCAUUGCACUGGGAUGUACUUGUAAGCUGUACUCACUGAGGAUGUUUGAACGAAGAUCAUUUGAAACACAGUUGUCAAGGGUUGAGGCUGAGUUGUUAAGAAGAGAAGCUCCUCCAUCUUAUGGACAGUUAAUUGCUCAAGGGUUAAUUCCACCAGUUGAAGAUUUUCCUGUUUGUUCACCAAACCAGGCUUCAGUUUUGGAAAACCUGAGACUAGCGGUGCGAUCUCAGCUUGGAUUUACCUCAAUCAGACUUCCGAUUGCUGGCAGGUCAAGUAACAUUUGGAAUCGAAUUUUUAAUUUUGCAAGGUCCCGUCAUUCUGGAUCACUGGCAGUAGUCUCAGCAGAUGGAGAUGAUGUUGUUGCCAGUCAGAGUACUAGUAGAGAAGCUGAAAGAAAUAAUACUCACAGAAGUCUAUUUUCAGUUGAAUCUGAUGACACAGACACAGAAAAUGAAAGAAGAGACACAGCAGGAGCAGUUGGUGGUGUUGCUGCCACUUUGCCUCAAAAAGUUCCACCUGCAACAGCAAUAGAAGCAACAGUAGGAGCAUGUGGAAGUUCCUCAGCUCAGAAUACCAGUGGCAGUAAUACAGAUAAUGGAAGAGAAAUGACAAGUGUAGAACCCCCAAGUGCAAGUCCAGCACGCCACCAGCUCACUAGUGCACUAAGUCGUAUGACUCAAGGAUUACGUUGGGUACGCUUUACUUUAGGGAGAUCAAGCUCAGUAAAUCAGAACCAAAGUCCUUUGAGACAGCUUGAUAAUGGUGUUAGUGGAAGAGAUGAAGAUGACGAUGUUGAAAUGUUAAUUCCAGUUUCUGAUGUAGCAUCAGACUUUGAUAUUAAUGACUGUUCAAGACCCCUGCUUGAUCUCUCCUCAGAUCAAGGACAAGGGCUUAGGCAGCCUUACAGUGCAAUGCAUCAUGGAGUAAGGUCAUGUAAACGAGAUGGCCCAUGUGAGCGCUGUGGUAUUGUACACACUGCCCAGAUACCCGACACUUGCUUAGAAGCAGCACUGAAAAAUGAAACUAGUGAUGAUGAGGCAUUGUUACUUUGUUAG